GCUCAGCUCUCUGGAGCAAAUCUCUCUCAUUGCUCACCUGCAGCACUCAGCUCUCCGCCGGGACAGGCAGAUCAGGAGAAGGAGCUCCAGUGGGGGGAUGAGAUCUACUGACACCCCGAUCUGUCCACACACCUGACGCCAUGAGACUUACCUCCACAACAAGGUGUCACUGAGAUCCCAGUUCCAGGAUGGUGGCCGGAGCCUGCGCUGGGAUCGGGCAGUGAUCGGAGGGAAUCAGUCGGAGAUCCUGUGUUGGGAUCAGGGGGGAUCGUGUUGCUGGGAUCGGGCAGCGAUCGUGUGCAGUGAUCGGGUUGUUUUGGACUGUCCCAUGGAUGUGUGUUCCCUAUAAUUGGAAGGAGGUGAGUCGGCCGGCUGCAGAAGAGUGACAGUCGGAGGGCGGACUCGGGAUCGGCUGGAGUAUGGUGCUGUCAUCUGCCGGGGAAGUCAUGCUGCUGCUCCUAGGGCUCCUUUUUGCUGCUUGCCAUGCACUGGAGAACACAACAGCUGUGCUGAGUGAUCCUCCAGUUGCAGCAGCAGUGAGAUCUACGUUUCUAGACUGCACGGAAGCCCACACUGACUUCUGCUUCCACGGGACUUGCAGGUUUAUAGUGCAGGAGGCAGAACCAUCCUGUGUAUGUCUUCCAGGCUAUGUGGGUAUACGUUGUGAGCAUGCCGACCUCCUGGCGGUGGUGGCAGCGAAUCAGAAGAAACAGACCAUCACUGCACUAGUAGUGGUGUCAGUGGUAGCCACAGCUCUGCUGAUUGUUGCCUGUAUAUUAAUGCACUGUUGUAGCUGGAGGAAACAGUGUGAGUGGUGUCGAUCAGUUUUAUGCCGACACGAGAAACCAGACGGUGUCUUCAAAGGAGGAGCAUCCUGCUGCAAGUCAGAAACAGUGGUCUGAAAGAGAUUGCAAGAGUCCAAAGGCAACUUCUUGGCUACAGAACAUUACUGAUCCAGCCUGUUCAACUCAAUUCUCAGACUACAGCUGGGACGCAUUAUUGUAACCGGACAUAUGUUGGGCUCUAUGAUGACUCAUGGGAACUCUUUACCCAACGUCCCUGCACAAUGUGAAGCAGUGAUCCUAGGAGGAGCUCACUUCACACUGGAAAUUGAGACGUAAUUGGAUUCUAAGUAGUCUGGGUGGAUCACGGAGCGCUACCAGCGGUGGAUGGACUGACCCUAUAAGUGUUGAGUUUAUUUUUGUUACAAAAGGGUCUACUUUGGGUUUGAUUGUUCUUUUAACGAUCCAUCUGUCAGAUAGGCCUUGAAAACAUUGCGAGUCAUUGCCGUAUAGGCCUACCUAUUGGCAAGAUGGGCAGAAAAUUCAUAUUUUAUAUUCUUCAAAAAGACUGCAAAAGUGUUGCUUUACAUGGACCAUUCUUUAAUAUACCAUGCUGCUGGCAUUUCAGUAUACAUAGAUAUAUAUCUAGGGACAGCCUGGUGAUAUCCACAGGAGUAGAAAAUCCAUUUUGAGUUAAGUGUUUGAAGAGCAGAAAGUUAUUUUUAUGUCUUUAAACUCAAAUUACCUAUACAGUGCAUUAGUAUUAACUUCUCGUACAACCUUUUAACCUGGUCAUAUUUACAGUUCUAGCUAAACUUAUGGAAGGCUUUAAAAACUAGUUCUGUUUUGGAAAUAACCAGUCACGCCGAGUCUACCCAAUGUACCUCCAUCUUUUUCUAAGUUCGUCAUCUGGUCUCCUGCAGCAUGUGUUAUUCACGGCUUUGGAUUGGAUUGUCACACACUAAAAGGCUUUUGAUUGCAGUAUGGACAUUGUGGACUUGUGGAUGUUUUUCCAUCUCGAUGCUUCAUUGCUUGAUUCCAUGCAGAUUGCUGGGUUUUGGGUGGUGAUCCCACUACAAACUUCUCUCUAAACUCGCCAUUUUUAUUGUCUGUAAUAUUCAUAUACUUUCUUCAGAAUCCAGGUGAGCCAGUUCACUGGUAGAAGUUAACCUGUCCACAGCUUAAACAUAUUAGCGGUCAAACAAUAUUCAUGCUCUGGAAGCAUGCUACUAAAAUGCACAUUUUCUAAAUCCUAGGGUAGAAUCUUCGAAAAAUGGAAAAGCAGUGUCAUGAAAGAGAAAAUGUCAAAAGCAAAUAAUAUUUAGGCCUCUGCCUGACACACUUAAAAAAUUUGUGUCAGUACCCACCUCUUCUACUACAUCAGUGUUUCCCAAGCAUUAACCAGGUAAUGCCACCUAUACAAUUAAAAACCGGCCCACCUACUUGCUGAGGUCCAGUUAGGAAAUUGUCUUUUGGUGCCUAGCCUAUGCACCUAUAGUUUAAACUGCUCCUUGUAUUGUUCUAUUAUAAAGAAAGAAACAUACUGAUACAGAAACCAACAUAAAAUGUACUAUGUGUUACUCCUCCUGCCCCCCAGUUUCCUCCUCUGCCUGUUGUGUGUGUUGGUCCCUUACAGCACUGUUUUCCCUGUAUGACAUUGCUCCACCAGCAUCCAGAUUCUUGUGAGAUGCAGUAUUUUCUUGUUAAGAGCCAUCGAUUUCCCACUACUGGGACAUCACAUAAUCAUUGAAGGGUAAUGGAAGACAUACAUAAGUGUUCCAAUACCCAUCAUGACUUAUGUUUUGCCAUAGUAUAGUGUCACCAAGCUGUAAUUGGAAAGCCACUUGCAAGGCCUGAGAGGAGACGCAGCAUUUCUCCAGCAACCAGAAAGGCCACGAAUGUCUGAAAAAAAGCUGACCACUUUUUUGGUAAAAAAAAA